GACAGCAGCAAAACGAAAGUAGGAAUGGCGGGAAAUGUGUAACAGUUAGAACAACAUGAAGUUUAGAGGGAAAAUCGUUGAUAUAGGAUGUAUACACCAUUUCACGAGAGUAAUAGGGACUCUCUCAAAACUAAUCAAAAGUUGUGUCUUGAGAAUAACUCCUGGUAAUUGGUAUUUUAUACUUGCUGAAAAGUUGGCAAAUGGAGGAAUACAGAUCUGGUGUGAACUACCUCAGGGUCAUUUCUUUGACGAAUAUGCAAUGGAAGGUGUAUCUAAGGAAGCUAAUGAGAUUUACUUAGAAGUUGCUCCAGAUAAUAUUGUUAAAGCUCUAAAAACAGCUAGCAAUGCCAAGUGGAUCAAGAUUAAACUGACAAAGAAACAUGUCCCUUGUCUUACUUUUGAAAUUGAUCAGCCAACAUUAAGUUCCCACAGCAGAACAGUCGUCCACGAUGUACCAGUUUCUGUUAUACCCCGGAGAUUAUGGGAAGACUACGAAGAACCUGGACUUCCACACUUUGAUGUCAGUAUAGCUAUGCCACAGAUGAAGUUAUUGAAGAACAUGAUAGAUAAAAUGAAAAAUCUCAGUAAUCAUAUGGUUCUAUCAGCCAAUCAGAAUGGAGAAAUGAAAUUAAGUGUAGAAACAGAUAUGGCAGCUGUCAGUACACAUUUCAGAGACCUGAUCAACCCUUCAACUCUAGACCAAGUACCAUGUUCACAUGACAGUUCUCCAGAAAGGGUGAAAGAUCCCAAUGAGUUCAGCAAGGCCAGGAUAGAUAUCAGAAAAUUUGCCCAGUUUCUAUCAGGACAGCUGGUUAAUCCAACUAAAGUUAUAUGUAAUAUUGUUCACAACAAAGUUGUGCACUUCCUAUUGCUGAAUGAAGAUGUCUCAUUACAGUACUUCAUGCCAGUUGUAGCUUCAUGAUACAGGAUAAGAAUUGUAUGGUUGUGUGAAGGGAGACAACUAGGAAUUGAUGACGGAUUUCAAAUUGUAUCAAGGGAGAUGAAUAUGUCCAAUUUUACAAUUUAAAGCCAAUUCAGUCCUUCAGCAUUUCACUUCUUUUUUUAUCAUAGAUUUGGAGUAUGUUCAACACAGUUAAUACUGUUUCAUGUGAGGUUAUUGUAAUAUUUAUAACCUAACACAAAAGGGAAAAGAAAAAUAUAUAAUCUUUUGUUCAUUGACAGCACAUAGUUCAAUGAAAAUUGUUUAGA